AUGUGGCGCACCCUGCUUCUGCUCGGGGGACUCUGCGAGCUCCCGACGGGCGUGAAUUCUGAGCAACUCCACGUGCAAGUUACGAUCCCAGAGAAGAUCCGCUCCAUUACAAGCGGAGACUACGAAUCACAAGUGUCCUACAACAUUAUCAUUGAAAGGAAAACGUACACCCUGAACCUGGUGCAGAAACCAUUUUUGCCUAAGAACUUUAAAAUUUAUAGUUACGAUAGUGCAGGAAUCGUGGAAAUUCUUGAACAACAGUUUCAGAAUUUCUGCUACUACCAAGGACAUGUUGAAGGUUAUCCAAAUUCUUUGGUGAUUGUGAGCACGUGUACUGGACUCAGGGGCUUACUUCAGUUUGGAAAUGUUAGUUAUGGAAUUGAACCUCUGGAGUCUUCGAUUGGUUUUGAACAUGUGAUUUAUCAAUUAGAGCACAAGAACAUAGGUAGUUCCUUAUAUGCUGAGAAAGAAAUUGAAUUAAGAAAUCUGCCCUACAAGAUACAACUUAUGCAGACACAACCAGAACUCUUUCAUUUUAUAGAGAUGCAUGUUAUCGUGGAAAAACAAUUGUAUAAUCAUAUUGGUUCUGAUGCAGCUAUUGUCACUCAAAAAAUUUUCCAGCUGAUUGGACUGGUGAAUGCUAUUUUUACCUCCUUUAAUCUUACAGUAAUCCUGUCUUCACUGGAAUUUUGGAUAGAUGAGAAUAAGAUUGCAACCACUGGAGAUGCCAAUGAGUUACUGCACAGAUUUCUAGAAUGGAAACAAUCUUACCUGGUGUUGCGGUCACAUGAUAUAGCAUUUUUACUUGUUUACAGAGAAACAUCAAACUACGUUGGGGCCACCUUUCAAGGGAAGAUGUGUGAUAAGAACUACUCGGGAGGUGUUGCUAUGCACCCCAGAGCUAUAAGUCUGGAAUCACUUGCAAUUGUUUUAGCUCAGUUACUGAGCUUCAGUAUGGGUAUAGCUUAUGAUGAUGUCACCAAAUGCCGGUGCCCGGGCUCCAUCUGCAUAAUGAAUCCAGAGGCCAUCCAUUCCAGUGGUGUGAAGGUCUUUAGUAACUGCAGCAUGGAAGACUUUGGAAAUUUUAUUUCAAGUCAAAAGUCUCAGUGUCUUCAGAAUCAGCCUCAAUUACAGCUGUCUUACAGACAGGCGGCCAAAUGCGGUAAUGGCCAAGUGGAGCCGGGAGAAAUCUGUGACUGUGGACCAUCCAAGAAAUGUUCUUAUGAGACUCCAUGCUGUAAUCCUGCCACGUGUGGCCUGAAGCCAGGUUCGGUUUGUGCUAACGGACCAUGCUGUGAGAAUUGUAAAUUUAAGGCAAAAGGUCAAGUAUGCAGGGCUGCCAGUGGGGAAUGUGAUGUCGCAGAGUACUGUAACGGAACAUCGGGAGAGUGCCAAGCGAAUUUCUUUGUGCUCAACGGGCACCCAUGUGGAAAGAACAAGUGGAUCUGCAUGGAUGGAGAGUGUCAGAACGGGGAACAGCAAUGUCUGGACUUAUUUGGCAGAGAUUCAGGAUUUGGUUCUAGUGAAUGUUUUGAAGAGCUUAAUUCCAAGAACGAUAUAUCUGGGAACUGUGGUUCUACCAGUGCUGGGUACACAGCCUGUGCACCUGGUGAUUUGAAGUGUGGAAAACUGAUAUGUAAAUAUGAAAGUGAUAUUGUAAUUAAAAUAGAAUAUGCCACCAUUAUCUAUGCCAAUGUUAGUGGACAAAUGUGCGUCAGCGUAGACUUCCCCUCCAAUCGCCAAGAAAGCUCGAAGAUGUGGGUAGGCGAAGGAACAGUGUGCGGUACCAAAAAGGUUUGCAUGAAUAAAAGGUGUGUAGCUAUUACAAACUUGGGCUAUGACUGUACCCCAAGAACCUGCAACUAUCAUGGUGUAUGCAACAACAAAAAGAACUGUCACUGCGACCCCAAAUAUCUGCCUCCAAACUGCAAAUCUCUAGAUAACUCAUGGCCUGGCGGGAGCAUUAACAGUGGCAAUCAUCGAAUGGAAAUAAUCCCUGAAAGGCCCUACAUUGAGAAUACAUACCACCCACAGCCUACAAGAUGGCCAUUUUUCCUGAUCAUCCCUGUUUACAUUAUUCUUUGUGUACUGAUCGCUAUAUUGGUGAAAAUUCGUUUACAAAGGAGCAAACGGACUACUAAGAAAUAUCCAAGCGAUGAUCAACUUGAAAGUGAAAGUGAACACAAAGAGUAA